GCCGUCAUGCAUGUGCCAGUACUACUACUGCUGGGAAUGGUGUCCGGGCUCUGUAGCAGUGAUCAGUCAUGUCCGGGGAUUGGAGACGUCGACAAAAUAUUGAUUCUUCGAGGCUGCCCUGGUGAUCCUGGCCUUCCAGGUCAAAAAGGAGAUGUUGGGGCACCGGGAGAAAAAGUUUGGUAUUUUCUUCCAGGGCAAACAGGAUCUGUGGGAGGACCUGGAAAGGUUGGACCUCCAGGUGAAAAAGGAGAGAAAGGAGAAAGAGGAGUGACUGAGCCAGUGUAUGCUGCCAGGAACUGCAAAGAAAUACGACAUCAGGGAGCAGUCCUCAGUGACUGGUACACCAUAUACCCAGAUGGCAGCCGGCCCCUGAAGGUCCUGUGUGAUAUGGACACAGAUGAAGGAGGAUGGGUUGUAAUACAGAGACGUUGGGAUGGGUCAGUAGACUUCUUCCGCACUUGGGAUGCCUAUAAGAAAGGCUUUGGAAGUCGGCUAAGUGAAUUUUGGCUGGGGAAUGACAAUAUUCAUCAAAUAACUUCAACAGGAACAUGGGAACUGCGUGUUGAUCUACAAGAUUUUGAAGGCAAAAUGGUGUUCGCCAAGUAUGCAAGCUUCAAAGUAUUGGAUGAAUCUGAGAAAUACAAAUUAAUAAUUGGAGCCUAUCAGGAAGGAACUGCAGGAGAUUCUAUGGGAGAUCUAAACAACAUGAAGUUUAGCACUAAAGAUGAAGACAACGACAUUCAUGAGGGCAGUUGUUCCUUACAGUAUAAAGGCAGCUGGUGGUAUAAAAAUUGUCACUGGGCAAACCUUAAUGGACUCUACCACCUAGGAGCGCACACAUCCUAUGGAGAUGGCAUCAACUGGUAUACUGCCAGAGGGCAUAACUACUCGUUCAAGCAUGCAGAAAUGAAGAUUAGGCCUGUUUAGGUGGAGGAACAGUCCCAGCAAUUUCCAAAAAAUUCUUGUAUUGAUUUUAAGUGUCUUGAUGGAUGCCACAGCACAGUGUGGGUGCUCCUAAUUGCAUGGACAUGGUGGGUGAAGGGUUCAGUUUGGUUGGAGUAGGCUGUGUAUACUGGCGGCCUGGUCAUAGUUGUAGCUAGACUUUCCUUCACUAUCCAGUUCUCAGCUCUAGGCCUGUAUCUAAAUAGUGAAAUAGAAAAAGACGAUUCCGGCACUUAUUUUUCUUCCCAUAAAAUCUUCCUCUUUA